AUGAUGGAUAUCCUACGGUAUCAUUGGUAUGAUCUCGGUGUGAUCUCGGGCAUCGUUAUGAUCCGGUACUACCGUGCCAACUACCGGACCCUAAGCAUGCCCCAGAAAUACCUGAUUGCCAACUUCAUCGCACUACUUGUCCACCAAUUCGAAGAAUAUCGAUUCCCUGGCGGGUUUCCCAACGUCAUGAAUACAGCGGUCCAUAACAGCGCUACUCCAGAUCGAUACCCUCUGAACGCGGAUUCUGCCAUGUGGACCAACGUGCUUUCAACCUAUGGAUUUUAUCUCCCUGUGAUUUUCUUCCCAGAGGUCGCCUGGUUCGGAUUGGCUUCUGUUUUAUUUGGAUUUGCCCAAAUCGGCAUCCACGCUAUUCUGAUGAAUAUGAAGCUCGGUGCGAUCUAUAAUCCCGGGCUCACUUCGGUUGUGCUGGGCUUUGUUCCCAUUGGAAUGAAGUAUAUUCGCUAUAUGCAAGAGCAUGGUUUGCUUUCCACACGUGAUUGGGUGCUUGGGUUCGUUGGUGCUGGUUCAGUUGGCUAUCUUCUUCUUCUGAAAUGCACUUUUGGCUGGCUCCCGGAUCACAAUACGCCAUAUCCUUUCACACCCUCUGAGAUGACGAGAUGGGGUGCCAGGCUUGCAGGAUUGGCAUAG